AUGGGUGAUCACGAACACCACCAUAUGGAAAAUGUGACUCCUACACCAAGUGAUUCUUGUUGUUCUGAUACAGGAACAACAACAAGUAGUGGUCAACAUAUGAUGCAUCAUAUGAUGUCGGUAAGUUACAUGUGUGUAUACAACAAAUUAUUUUUCAAAGAAACAAUAUCAAACAUUUUAUUUUUAGAUGUCAUUUCAUUUUGGCACAAAUGAAACUGUAUUAUUUGAUUGGUGGAAAUUUUCAACAACUAGUGGACUGGUGUACUCAAUGAUAGGAAUAUUUUUAAUGGCAACAUUAUAUGAAGGACUAAAGUACUUUAGGUAAUUUAAUAUUUUUCAAUCGGAAAUAGUAAAUGAUUUAAAUGUUAUUAUUUUUCUUCAGAGAAUAUUUAUUUUGGAAAUCAUAUAAUGCUAUACAGUACAAAUCUGUACAGAUUCCAUUGGAAAAAGGAUCAAAUGAUCCUGUUUCACAGUAAGUACAAUUAUUUGCAUUAAUUAUAAGUAGUGUUGUAUAUCAUUAAGGCUGUAAUUUAAAAAAUAGAAAAUAUAUUUUUAUAAUGUUUUUAGUCGUACCUCUGUAACAAACAUAAUUGUCAACAGAAGUUCUGUAUACUAUUUUAAAUAUCUAUUAUUCCGUUGCAUUUUUUGAAUAUAAAUUAAAUAGGUUUUCAGUUUAAACGGAAAAUAUCUAUGGUGUGGCUCGGCCUCCUAUCUUAAUUAUUUUAAAUUCUGCAAACAAUGCAUUCUAUCAGAAAUCUUUUGAUAUCUAAAAAAGUUUUCAUAAUAAUUGAGAAAAACCAAAAUAAUACAAUUUUUUUCAAAUUACAGGGCAAAGAUUUCAUUAAGUAUUUAAACAUUUUAAGAUAAUAUUUUUUUUACCAGAAAUCUGUCCUAAUUUCAAAAAUAUAAUAUUUUCUAAAAGAAAAUUUUUUCUAGUUUGUGAGUGAGAAUAUCUUGAUUUUCUAUACAGUUUUCCUUGUAAUUACAAACAAAAAUUUAAGAAAUACAGCAAAGUGUACAUCAUUUUGGUUCAUUGUUAUCAGUUAAAAAUUAUUGUAAGAGACCUGUAGUUUUCACAAAAUACUUAUAUUGGUCUAAAUUUUUAAAACAUUCUAAUGAUUUUUAGGCUAUUUAGAGCCUUAUAGGUGUUGGAUAUUUUAGUGAUUCUAUAUGUAUUUUUAUUUGGUAGGUAUCUGUUAUUAAAAUUAUAUGAGAAAUGCUUGAAAAUUUAAUACAAUGUACAUUAUAAGUGUCCUGAGUUAUCUAAAAAACAAAUUUGAGUUAAUGUGUUAGUUUUUUUUUUAUAAGUAUUUUAAGAUUACAUCAUUUCUAAAUAUGUCCUUUUCAUUAGCAUAGGUUUAUCUUUGUGUUUAUACAAUUUAAAUAACUAUGUAUCAUACCUUCUCAAUUUCCUAUCUACAACAAUGGUUGCACCUUCCCUCAGUAUCAGCAUUUUUUUUUUACUCUAAACUAGUUUAAGUUUUAAAAUAUCUCAACUCAAUGGAAUUUAAGCAUUUUGUUGUUAAACUCAAACAUUGAUCAAAUUUUAAUAUUGAUAUAGAAAUAUAAAAAUAAACAUAUUAAUUAAUAGUAAAAAUAAAUUUUUUUUUAUAAGAUUCCUAAACAUACAAAUUUAUAUUAAUAUUAAUUUAUUAUUAAUACAAUAAUUGUAUUUUCUGCACUACCUACCAAUCUUUUUCAUUCAUUUUUCAAAGUAACAAUUUGCAUAUUUUACAUUUUACUUAAUUAACUUUUAGAGAUGAGAAAAUUCUAUAGGUAAAAGUAGUCUUUACAUUAGGCUUAAAAAUCAGGGAAUUUAUGAAAGUUAUUUAAAAAAAUUCAACAAAUUUGAAAUUUGUGAUGAGAAAUUAAUGAAAAAUUAUUAAUUUUUAUUAGUUAGAAGAAAUAUGGUUAAUAUAUUGAAUUUUUGUAGUGUUCAAAAAUGAAUGAAAAUAAUUAAAACUGAUUAGUGAUGCAGAACAUACAAUAGAUAUUACUUUUCUAUAAAAUAUACAUACAUUAAACUGUAUUUGUUUUUUUAAGUUUGGUUAGGUAAGGUUACAACCUUAUCUAGGUUUAAAAGUAUUAAAAAUUAUUUAUUUAAUAUAAAUAUUAGCUAAAACAAGUGAAUUAAUUAAAGAACUUUUUUUUCUUUUUUUCUUUGUGCAAUUUAUUUGUAUUUACUAUAUAAAUAAUUACUAAUACAGAAAUAAUUAUUUAAUAUACAAUAUACACAGCCAUAUCGUUUUUGACCACGCUGCAUAAUUUAACUAAUUAGCUUCAUUAAUAAAAUAAUUUUUUUUUUACUUAUGUUCAUAUAUUUUUGGUGAAAAUCUAAUAACUAAAAUACAAAUUUUAUUUCAGAAUGGUUGGGAAAGUGCUUUUAAAACAGCCUCUGUAAGUGUAAUAAGAAAGGUUUAACUUUUUUAACUGCAUGGCUUUUAACUCGAUUAUUUUGAAUAUAGUAUCUAACUUGUUUGAUUUGAAUUUAUUGCUUUUUUUUUAUUUUGUGUAUAUUUUGCUUGAAAAAUUAUUGUUUUUUUUAUUAGUUAGUAGUGCAUUAAUGGUUUAUAUUUUAGUUAGAAUUUUUUUUAUAUAUAUCACAUAUUAUUUUGAAUAUAGGACACAUUCGGUUUCAUUGGUAUGUUUAAUUAAAGGUAAAUUCAUGUCAUAACUAAAUAUAUAAUAUACAACAAAAGCAUAACAAUUAUUUUUAAACAUUCAUUUUAUUGAUGAAUGUAUCUAAAAAUGAUAUUAAAAAGUUUGGCAUCUUUUAAAAAUAAUUAAAAACUUAACAAUUUAAAUUAUAGAGGUGAUAAUUGUCAGUCCAUUUAUUACUGUGUAAAAAUAUAAAUACCGUUAAAUUUAAUUAUCAAUAAUGUUCUGUUUUUGUAUGUUAUAUUAGUAUAGUGUUCAUAUGAAAAAAAAAAAUUAAAAAGAAACAUAGCAAAUUAAAUCUGUAAAUUAUUUUGUUAUAGUUAUAUUGGCCUCGUAUGAUAAAUUAUGUAGGGGGUGGGUCUAGCCUCAUUAUAAUUUUUUCAAUGUACAGAGUCUGUUCAAAAAUUCUAAAUUCUGAGAUGGACAUUCUAAGCCUGGAUAAUCACCACAUGUUUAGUCCACUUAUUAAACUGUAUCUGUGUAAUGUUUUUGAUUCUUAAAUUACAAUUCCUGAAUUUGUUGAAAUAUUUAAUUUUCUUAAUGAAGUUUACCCAAAUUCAUUAAUGAUUUGAGUUUUAAUAAUUAUUAAUACUACUAAAAUUAUUUUUAAUUCUUAAUUGAUGUAUCCAUAAUCUAAAUACAUACAUUUUAAGACUACUUGCUUAAAUAUAACUAAAAGAAUAAUAAACAUAAUACUUAUUUAUUUGAAAUAUUUUUUAAUUAAUAUCGAGAUUGAAUAAUUACAUAUUCAGUUAUUGCAUUGUUCGAUAUUUGUUCAUUUGGUAUAUUAAUUUUAGAUUCUGAACAUAGCAGGUAAGUUAUACUGAAAUAUAUCUUCUACUUCAAUUGUGAAUCUGUACAUUUGAUGAAGAUUUAGUCAAAUGCCAUCAUUGUUUAAUUUUUUUAAUUACAAAAAAUAAUAAUUCAUUAAAUAUGUAUACUAUUAUAUUAUAUUAUUCUUCAACAUUGUUUUUAAGACUAUGUUGUAUUAUUUAAAUUUUAAAUGUACAUAUUAAAACUUAUAUGUCUAUAAUAGACUUGGUAUUAAUAUUGAUUAUUAUAUUACAAUAAUUGUAUUAGGUCGGUAUUUAUUAUUGAAAAUAUUGCAUACUGAUAAAACUGAUAUAAAUAUUUGCAAUACAAUUUUUAUUUGUUUAUUUUUCAAUUUGCAUGUUAAUUAAUAAUUUUAGUUGUUUGAACUUGCUUUAAAAAUUUUAAAUAGGAAUAUUAUGUUUGAUUGUAGUUAAUAUUGUUAUUAUUUAAUUUUGCAGGCCUACAAUGUUCAGUGCAACACAUUUACUUCAGACAUUCCUGCAUAUAGUCCAAAUAUCUGUCAGUUAUUUAUUAAUGUUAAUAUUUAUGACAUACAAUAUUUGGUUAUGUGCAGCAGUUUUAUUUGGUGCUACUUUGGGAUACUUCUUAUUCGGAUGGAAAAAAUCAGUUGUUGUUGAUGUUACAGAGCAUUGUCACUGA